AUGGUUCGUGCCAAAAAGUAUGUGUUCAGAAAAUAUUUCUUAGGAGAACCAAAAGCAAGCGAUUUUUCGCUGGAGGAAGAAGAUUUACCUGAUAUCAAGGAUGGAGAAUUCCUCGUCGAAGCCGAAUAUCUCUCUGUGGAUCCAUACAUGCGUAAAGUCUCGUCCAGCCUACCUUUGGGCACGACGAUGUUGGGCAGCCAAGUGGCACGAAUCGUCGAAUCGCGCAAUCCAGAUUACUCCGUGGGUAAGCACAUAGUCGGCUACAUGGGCUGGAGAACGCACACAAUUAUGCACCCGGAUAAUUUCGAGGCUCAUUCAUUCCUUGGCAGGCUACCUUAUCUCAUGCCGGACUUAGGCGAUCUGCCGGUAUCUGUGUCACUUGGAGUUUUGGGACAACCAGGAUUGACAGCUUACUUCGGAUUAACAGAGAUUUGCAAACCUAAAAAGGGCGAUACAAUCGUAGUCAGUGGAGCAGCUGGUGCAGUUGGUUCCCUCGUCGGUCAAAUGGCCAAAUUAUACGGUUGCAGAACCAUUGGCAUUGCUGGUUCUACUGCCAAGUGCGUUUGGCUUAUAACCGAACUUGGUUUCGAUGCAACGAUCAACUACAAAGAAGACGAUCUUUUCGAAAAAUUGAAGGAUGUUGCUCCGAUGGGUGUUGACAUCUACUUCGACAAUGUGGGCGGAGAAAUUUCCAGUGCGGUAAUAUAUCAAAUGAAUACUUUCGGCCGAGUGGCCGUCUGUGGCAGCAUAUCCUCGUACAAUCACCCAGAUCCGAAAAAUCUACCGAAGUGUACAAUUAUUCAACCUCCGAUUGUAUCAAAGCAGCUGUCCAUCCAGGGAUUUCUGGUCGCGCGAUGGAAGGACCGCAAGGACGAGGGUUUGGAAAACAUCUGCAAGUGGUUACGAGAAGGAAAACUCAAACACAAGGAGUCUGUCACAGAGGGUUUUGAGAAUAUGUUUGAAGCAUUUAGGGGUAUGCUUAAGGGAGAUAAUUUUGGCAAAGCGAUUGUCAGGAUUAAACACUAA